UCCGCGGAGGGACAGCACAAACAUGGCAGCGCUCACAUCACUCACUCAGCUGUCCAGUGGAAGCCCCCUCUUCGAGAGUUUCUACAGACAGGUGGACCCAGGGAACACGGGCAGGGUGGGGCCCACUGAAGCGGCUCUGUUUCUAAAGAAAUCUGGCCUGCCUGACACCACACUGGGAAAGAUUUGGGACUUGGCUGACCCCGAUGGAAAAGGCUAUCUGGACAAACAGGGCUUCUAUGUGGCUCUACGCCUGGUGGCCUGUGCGCAGAGCGGCCAGGAGGUGGCGCUGUCCAGCCUGAGCCUUACUGUCCCACCACCCAAAUUUAAGGACAGCAGCAGCCCAUCUCUGGGCAGCGUGGCUUCAGGCGGUGGAGAGCAGCACUGGGCAGUUAGGGCCGAGGAAAGGAGUAAGUUUGACGGUAUUUUCGAGAGUCUGGCUCCGGUGAACGGACUCCUGUCUGGAGACAAGGUCAAACCUGUGCUCAUCAACUCCAAGUUGCCUCUGGACAUCCUUGGCAAGGUGUGGGAUCUCAGCGAUAUUGACAAAGAUGGCCACCUGGACAGGGAUGAGUUUGCAGUGGCCAUGUAUCUGGUUUACCGUGCCCUCGAGAAGGAGCCUGUCCCAUCGGUGCUGCCCCCAUCACUGGUCCCUCCGUCCAAGAGGAAGAAGAGCCUGGUGUCUUUGUCCGGGACACUGCCUGGUGUACCUGGUGUACCUGGUCUGCCAGCCAGUCCCCCGCCCCCCAAAGACUCGCUGAGGUCGACCCCGUCUCAUGGCAGCAUGACUUCCCUCAACAGCACAGGCAGCUUGUCCCCCAAGCACUCGCUCAAGUCUGCCCAGCAGACAGUGAACUGGGUGGUGCCUGUGUCGGAGCGCGGUCGUUAUGAUGACAUUUUCCUGAAGACGGAUGCAGACAUGGAUGGCUUUGUGAGUGGGCUGGAGGUCAAGGACAUCUUCAUGCAGUCGGGACUCUCACAGAAUGUCCUUGCACAUAUAUGGGCCUUGGCAGACACCAGGCAGAUGGGGAAGCUGACCCGUGAGCAGUUUUCUUUGGCCAUGCACCUGAUUCAGCAAAAAGUGAGCAAAGGCCUGGACCCUCCCCAGACACUGAGUGCAGAUAUGAUUCCCCCAUCCGAGAGGGGGACCCCAGUGCCUGGUAUGGCAGGAUACAUGGCCCCAGCAGGAUCUGACAUGGUAGCUCGGUCUGACAUGAGGAGGGACAGCUCCAGCUCUGUGGGGUCAGGAGAGUUCACCGGCAUCAAAGAGCUGGACGACUUGAGUCAGGAGAUCGCACAGCUCCAGAGGGAGAAGUACACUCUGGAGCAGGACAUCAGAGAGACUGAGGAGUCCAUCAGGCACAAGACCACCGAGGUCCAGGACAUGCAGAGUGACUUGGACAGGGAGACGGCCACCCUGCAGGAGCUAGAGGCACAGAAGCAGGAGGCGCAGGAGCGGUUGGAAGAGAUGGACCAACAGAAAAACAAGCUGGAGGACAUGCUUAACGAGGUCCGCAUCAAGUGCCAGGAGGAGUCGCACAUGAUCUCCAGCCUGCAGAGCCAGAUCCACUCUCAGGAGUCCGACCUCCACAGUCAGGAGGAGGAGCUGAGUCGGGCCAAGGCGGACCUGGGCAGGCUGCAGCAGGAGGAGAGCCAACUGGAGCAGAGCCUCAACGCGGGCAAGAUCCAACUGGAAACCAUCAUCAAGUCCCUAAAAGCCACACAGGACGAGAUCAACCAGGCUCGUAGUAAGCUGUGCCAGAUUCAGGACAGCCAGCAGGAGGUGUCCCGGAGCAUCGAGCAGUUCAACAGCACCCUGAAUGGCACCCACGGGGGCAGCAUGACCAAUCUGGCAGACAUGGGUGAGACGUUCAGUGACCGGGAGAACGGGGGAUUUACGGCACCCAGACCCACCCAGGUGGAGGAUCCAUUCAAAGUGAAGGCAUCAGUGUUCCCCAGUCAGCCCCCACCGGUAUUCCCUAGCCAGCCUCAGGAGCUGCACUGUGACCCCUUCCACUCUGAGGACCCCUUCAAAAGCGACCCGUUCAAGGGUGACCCUUUCCAAACUGAUCCCUUUGCAAAGCUGCCCACAGGACCUGCAGAUCCUUUUGGAGGAGACCCAUUUAAAGAGACAGACCCAUUCAAAUCAUCCUCAGAAGAUUUCUUUAAGAAGACCACAAAGGACCCCUUCUCUGCAGCAGACCCUUUUAACAAAAGUGCCACACUGCCAUCCAAGCAACAAACCAGUCACUUCCCCAGCGCUGACCCCUUCUCCUCAAGCAACCCAAAGUCUAAAGGAGCUGACCUGUUCGGCUCCUUGGACCCGUUUGGCAGCAGCUCCUUCAGCAGCACUAACACCUCUGCGGGCUUUGCAGACUUCAGCCACAUGUCCAAACCCAGAGACCCGUUUGAGGGCAGGGCCAGCUGGCUGCCAGACUACCAGAAGUCAGUAUUUGCAGAAGAUCCAUUCAGUAGAAAAAGUGACACCCCAGCUCUACCCCCAAAGAAAGGAGUCCCCCCAAGGCCCAAGCCCCCCAGUGGUAAAAGCACUCCCGUGAGCAGUGAGUCCAGGACCGACCCAUUCCAGCCCUUUGGCACUGAACCCGUGGACCCCUUCCACAGUAAAAAGGGAGUGGACCCCUUCAGUGGCAAAGACCCCUUUGCCCCAGCCUCCACCACAAGAGCAGAGAAAGGCAAGUUUGGGAACGAGGCGCAGCAGCUGGAGUGGGCCAAACGAGAGAGUGAGCGAGCGGAGAGGGAGAGACUCAAGAGACUCAGGCAGCAGGAGCAAGAAGACCUGGAGCUGGCCAUCGCACUGAGCAAGGCUGAGAUGUCCAAUGCCUGAAGACAUGUCCCCCCAACGUCAAAGGAGGUGUCCCCAACGUCUGAAGACAUGUCGCUUUGUCGCACGCCUGACAGGACAUGUCCCCCAAAGGCUAAGGACAUGUCACCCUAUGCCUCCUGUUCAACGGCUGAGAAGACAUGUCUCUCCUGUGCAAUGACUGAGAGGACAUGUUCCCCCUGUGCAACACCGGAGAGGACAUUUCCCUCCUGUGCAACGCCUGAGAGGACACGUUCCCUAUCCCACUGCUGAGCGGACAUGUCCCCUCUGUGUAACACCUGAGAGUACAUGUUCCCCCAUCCCACUACUGCGAGGACAUGUCCCCCCUGUGCAGUGGCUGACAGGACAUGUUCUCUUGUUUCGUGGGUGAGAGGACAUGUCCCCCCGUGCAAUGCCUGACAGGACAUGUCCUCUUGUUCCACGGCUGAGAGGACAUGUCCCCUCUAGGCAACGCCUGAGAGAACAUGUCCCCCCCGUCCCACAGCUGAGAAGACAUGUCCACCCUGUACAAUGCCUGAGAGGACCUGUCCCCCCUGUACAACCCCUGAGAGGACAUGUCCCCUCUGUGCAACGCAUGAGAGGACAUGUCUCCUCUUUCCCAUGCCUGAGAGGACAUAUCCCCUCUGUCCCACAGCUGAGAGGACUGAGAGGACAUGGCACCUCUGUCCAACGCUUAAGAGGACAUGUCCCUUUAUCACACUCCUGAGAGGACAUAUUUCCUCUUCUAACGCCUGAGAGGACAUGUCCACUGUCCUCUCAAUGUUUAUCAUGAACACUAAUGGUAAAUAUUGUACUUUAGAGAACUUUGAACUAAGCCUGAUGAUCAGUGAAGGAGGAUUGCUCCUGCUGCCCCUCCACCCAGGACUGAGGGGCUGAGGGGCACAGAGCUGUCUCUGCCCCGCCUCCCCUCCCUCCACACUCACAGUUUGGUGGGGGUCGUCUACUCAUUCUCCUGGGUUUCUCCAGAAGCUGCUGCUCUACACUGGUCUGGGGACUUCAGAACUCUUGUAUUAUAAAAUGUCCCAUGUGUUGUGUCUCCGCCAACGUCUCGACUGCUUACCCCGAGGGCUUCCUGCUUCAGAGGCCCAAAGGAGAGAGGCCAUAAGCUGUAGGACUCCUGUCACGCUAGGAUCCUACACAACAGGUCCACUGCUUUUUACAGUGUAUUCAGUAUGUACAGGUGUCUGCAGGUGGGCGGGGCUUCAGGUGACAUCACCAUUUUCUAGAGGCUUAAUAAUGAAAGGUGCACUGUGUAACAUUUCUGGGUCUGUCACCUACUUGUCUCAUGAAAAUAUUAUUGCUUUGCCUGGGAUAUUCCAUUGUUGAGGUUUCAGAGUUAGUCAUCGGCACACUAUUGUUGUUGUUGUUGUUGUUUUCUCCAUCCAGGAGCCACUUUCAACUUAUUUAGUUAAAUAAGUCUUGCGCAAAGGGAAGAGUUUUAGAAUGAAACUGCCCCGGCUUUGUUUACUAUCUAGCCUCAUUAAUCCAUCCAUCUAAUAGAAAAUGGCUUCUAGAUGGGAGUCGAAACUUGAUUUCAAAAACUUGGACCACUCCUGGACGACUGACGAUUUAUCAUUAUUUAUGAUCAUUCAUUGGUUUCAACUUCCUGUUUAUAGGCACCAUUUUGAGGACUUUUCACCAUUCAAAAAAUAUUUUCUUUAGAAUUGUUAAUUGCUAUUUUUCAUUACUCUGAAACCCAUGGAUUGAUUAAUUGGUAUUUUUAUAAGAAAUAUCCAAAAAGAAAAAUCCACAAAUUUUGGAUCUGAUCGAUAAUGACUUGGUUGUUAUAUUUACUAUUUUACAUCACUUAUGUGCAUGAUAGCAAACAUAAUGUUACCUGCACCUAUUAAAUAUUACAGGCCUAUUAAAAGUAGAGAUGUCACCUGAAACCCAGCAAUAUGGUGAUCCUUAUCUGUCUAAUGCAGCUCUAUGGUCAAACACAGACACACCCACUGACUCCUCUGAGGCUCUGGGUGAAUGACAGGUGGUUUUAACCAAUCACAGUGAAGUGUGACCUCUCACAUGAAACAGAUAGCUUUAGUUACCUCACGAUAUAAAGCUAGUAAAUGUACCAGAGAUAUGAUAAACAUUUACCUAAUCUCAGUGAAAAUCCUGAUGUAUGGCCUAAUCUUACUGUAAGGCUGGAUGGCUGAAUCUGUUAUAAGGGACCGUCUUACUUAGUUUCUUAACUUUUGGAAUAGUUAAAGAAAAUCUGAACUAUCUAGAAAUAUAUUAAUACAACUAACUUAAAGAGGAGGUAUUAUACAAAAUCAACUUUUUGGAGCUUUCUACCAUGCUAUAUCAUCAAAAACAUGUCUAAAAUGGUUUUAUAUGUCAUCCAUGCAUGUUUGAGUAAUCUAGCGAUCUCUCUCGCCCUAUUUUGAACCCUCCUUAUGGCUAGCAGUAUGAUUCUGUCGAACGCUCUGCACACAAGCCUACGUCAAAUAUGCUCCUGCUCGGCAAUUUUCCAUAAAUAUACAAAAGCAUGAUACAAAAUGAUACACUACAAUUUUACAAACCUGAUGUGAUGUGUUAUGUUUUAAUACCCAUUAGAAGUGCAAUACCACCUCUUUAAAUACUGGUACUGUGUAUGACUCAAGCACAAGCUGGUGUUAUCUGAUAGGUCAAAAGAGCGACUACUCCAGUCAUUUUAAUUACAUUUACUGAAACCAGACUCCAACACAUUGAAGCAUUUUGUAUUUUUCUGACUAAAACUGUGAUUUUGUAGAGGGCACUCACAUAUUGUAUGUACAUUUGGAAUAACAGUUAUAUUUAUUUAAUUUCUUUGUGCUUAAAUGUGUUUAGUUUUAACAAGAAUUUGCCAUGACAUGUUAUUAUUACCACUGGUUGUUUACAGAUGCGUCAAAACACAAAUUAACUGAAGGGAAGUGGGUUUUUUUAUGUUUUAAUGGAAUUGUUUAAAGUUUAUGUGAUAGAGGUCAUCAAUAUAUCAAUAACGGAAUAGUUUCAAAGAUAUACUAUGACACUGAGUAUAUCGUCUAUAAUAAAACAAAAUAUAAUAUUAAUAUAAGCAAGUGAAAUUUCUGGAUUUGACAGUCCUUUCAUGUUUUGUGUGAUACUUGAACCUCAGCCAAGACAUUUAAGCCCCAUUCACACAAAGAUUCCAAAAACAUGCCAGGUACAAAAUGCCAGAAUGCAAUGUUACCAUAUAGUGUAACCAGGAAACCAAGCUUGUAACCAAGGAAACCAAGCAAUGGUACUUCUAACUUUAUUCACACGUAACACUUCCCUGUGUAUUCUUAGUGAUUUAUCUAGGAAUUUGACAGAUCAAAAGCCCUAUUCACAUAUGCAGCCUGACCCUGGAAUUUUCCUGCAUUUUUCCAGAACAGGGUCAUGUGUGAACAAAGCCAGAACUCAACUAUAUCCAGAAUUUUGGCAGUACCAUUUCUUGGUUUCCUGAUUAUGCUAGUGGUAACAUUUCAUGCUCAUUCAGUAUAAGUGAUGCAGCAGUGUUCUGGGACUGGGGCAUGUGCAAACGGGGGUCACUGCUGAGUCUUCUGGAAAAUUACAGGGAACUAUGUGUGAAUGGGGCUAAAAAUGCAAAUGCAGGGAAAUAUGUUCUGGCUUUAUUCAUGUAUGACCCUGUUCUGGCAAAAUACAGGUAUAUUCUCGGGUCAGACUACUUGUGUGAAUGGUGUUUAACAAACCUGAUGGAUUGUAAAAAAAUAUCUGAUUAUGUUUCUCAAGUGAAUCCAUGGGUAGUUUUUGUCAGUAUGGCCCACCCCUACUGUAUUGUUUAGUUUUCUCCAGUUCUUCUUAUCAAACAUGUUCUUUGAAAAUCAGACAGUAUUCCUGAUUUGAAUUGCUUUGUUUUGCACACAGACGGCUAAUGCUAACGUGGCUAAUGCUAAACCGAGGCUAGCUCCUGUUGUUUCCUCUAGUGUUUGUGGUCUAGUCUCUGUGAGGUGAAGCCUAAGCAACUCCAGAGCUGCAUGAAAUGAACAUUAAAAUAAAUAACAAGGCCUGUCACAGUUAUAUGCUACAGAAAAUAUUAAAAUAAACAGCCAUAUUGAGAGCACCAACUGUAAAGCAGGAUAGUGCCAGCAAACACUUUUCUAAAUUAAAUUUGCACGUUUCUGCUUGUCUUUAUGUAUAUUAUAUCUUUGCCUGAAAUGCCAUACUGUGGAACAUUUCAGGCAAAGCUAUAUGUUCAUGAAGACAAGCAGAAAAGUGCAACUUUAACGCCUACAUCUAUCUUGCGUUUAUUCAGUUAUAGGUGUUUUUAAUGCUCAAAAAUACAUGCAUUCUUAUUAUGAGCCUCUAGCUAUUGCCUCUGAUCUGUAACUUGUCUCCAAGGAGAUAGAUAUAGAUCUAGAGAGAUGAGGUAGAUAAGGCCAUACUUUGGAACAUUAAAUUGUAAUUGUAACUAAUCUUGAUGGUAGUUUGAAUAGUACAAAUACAUUUUUUUCAGUUUGUUGUUAAUCAUUUAUCGUGAUCUCAAUCAUAAACAGAUGACAAAUGUAACAAUUUGCUCGGUAAACUUGCUUUAGUAAAAACUGUUGUUGAGCGCUUAGGCAAGAUACUUCCACUCCCCUUACCCAGUGUGAAUGUGGUGCGUGUGUUAGUGUUGGUGGUGGUCAGAGGACCUGAUAGUGUAGAUUGGCAGCCUUGGUUCUGUCGGUUUGCCCCGGGGCUGCUGUGGCUACAGUAGUAUACCACCACAAGUGUGGAGUGAAUGAAUAAUAAUAAUUUAAAACUUGAAAGGCGCUAUAUAACUCCAAUGCAUUACUACUAUUAUAUUUUUUGGACUGUUAACAAAUGGCUUAAAUAUUGCUUUGAAAAUCUCUUGACAAUUACUGACCUCAAGAUGGACAGAAUUCAAAUGGGAAAAAUGUAAUUGUCUGUCAGGUGGAAGGCCUCAGAGUACUACCAUAUCUUUAUGUUUCUUUUCAUAUGUAUAUCGCUGUAUUUCUAUCAUUUGUGUAUUGUGUAUUUUGUGCAGCCCUGGUGUAGCCUGGCCUGGAGAAAUACCUACGUGACACUGGUACUGGCUUCUUACCUCAGUUGUGCAAUAGAUGUUACAUACUUGUUCAUUUUAGUUUGAUGUGUUUGUAUUGUACUGUAUAUUUUAAACAUAUUUAUACAUUUCUGUAUUAGCUACCUUCUCAUUUCAUUCUUCGUCAAGGAAGAUCAGAAUGUGAAAAUGACUACCCUCUCACAAAAUCUCAUAUUAUUCACUACAAAGGAAGGGUCACUGAUGGAGAAAGUAUUGACCUGAGAGUACAUGUGGGCAGGGCCGGGUGGCGCUGAGGGUCUCUGCCCACCUGGAAUAAAGGCCU